ACAUUCAACAUCGCCGGUGCCGUGAUCCGUAUCUUCAAUCUAGUAUGUAUGAUGAUUCUCAUCAGCCACUGGAACGGCUGUCUGCAGUUUCUGGUUCCAAAGCUUCAAGGUUUUCCUGCCAAAUCAUGGGUUGCUAUCAACAAUCUUAAAAACGCUCCGUGGAGUGAACAAUAUACAUGGUCCUUAUUCAAAGCAAUGUCGCACAUGUUGUGCAUCGGAUAUGGCAGGUUUCCUCCUCAAAGUAUCUCCGACUUGUGGUUAACGAUGAUCAGCAUGAUAUCUGGCGCUACGUGCUUUGCUCUGUUCAUUGGUCAUGCUACAACCAUCAUUCAAUCUAUGGAUUCAUCGAGCCGCAUGUACAGAGAAAAGGUCAAGCAGCUGGAGGAAUACAUGAUCAAUCGCAAACUACCAAAGGAUUUAAGAGACAAGAUAACUGACUAUUAUGAGUACCGUUAUCAUGGUAAAAUGUUCGAUGAAGAAGUUAUAUUCAGUGAAGUUUCACGAGUUUUAAAAGAG